UUUCAUAAUUAAAACUAUAAUUUAUGUAAAAAUAUUAACUAUAAUAAUUUGUGUAUUGAAUAACAAGCAUUGAAUAGAAAAAAACAAUUUUCACUUUGUUUUGUUAUUACUUUUCGGUGAGACAACCCUGUUUUAAUUUUGCUUGGAAUUAUUCAUACUUUAAUUGGAAAUGACGUUUGCGCACUUUUUCCCAAUUUCCAAUAAGAUUUUGGAAAUAUUUUUUCCAUAUUGAUUAGUUAUGUCGCUUUUAUUGUUUACUCAAAGUUUUUUUUGUUAAAUUUUGUGUAAAAUUUUUUUGGAAAAAUCCUCUUUACUAUUUAAAAAAAACUUCGAAAACAAAGUGUUUUUUGGAUUUUGUUAAGUGUUAAUGAAAAGUUUUUGUGUGAAACGCAAAAAAAGCGCGAAUAAUAAAGUGUGAAAAUUUCUGUGUGUGGAGGGCAAACGAAAAAAAGUUGGCAAAAAACAAAACGGCAAAAAAAGAAAUAAACUGCAAAAAAGCUGCGAUUGAUACAACAUCGCAAAUCCACCACUACAGAUGUCCACAGGAGUGGGAGGUGGAGGGAGCAUAACGACAGAUCAUCAUAGCCGCCUGUAUUUCCUCAACUCACCCACGGCCCCACUGUCCGCACGCGACCCCUUCUUAAUCAAACCGGAAUACCUCAAUUAUGAUAAUCCCAUGCAUCACCUCUACCCAAGUAAUCGGGGACUCAUAGACUAUAACAAUUAUACGGUAACAGCAGCGGCCGCAGCAGUAACAGCAGCAGCCGCAUCCUCCGCCUCAGCAGCAGCCGCCGCCAACAAUACUUCUGCCUCUUCAGCCGCCUCCACGUCCAACAACAAUAACGCCAACACCAACGCUGCCGUCGUUGCCGCCAAUUCAACGGUUGUUGCCGCAGUAGCUCUUAAUUUAGAAAACACUUUCCACCACCAGGUCCAGCACCAGCAGCAGCAACAACAACAGUCCGCCAACAAUCCGAACACAACAAACGCCCAUCCGUUGCAUCAGUCGCUCAGCAGCACCUCCUCGCAGUCUACACGCGCCCAAAAAGCCGCCCGACGUCGUAGUAACGAAUCACCCGAGGCCCGCCAACGAAGACUGGAACGGAACGCUGCAAGAAUGCGCGAGAAACGCGCCAAAGAGUCCGAAGCUGAGUAUCGUUUGCGGCUGGCGAAAAAUGCCGAAGCGAAUCGUAUACGACGUCAGAAUGAAAACGAAGUACAAAGAACCUUAAGACUGAUGAAAAAUGCGGCACGCCAGCGAUUGCGACGUGCCAGUGAAACUCCCGAAGAACGUAAAAAACGUUUGGCCAAGGCAGCUGAGCGUAUGCGUAUAGCGCGUGCCAAACAACCCAAAAUACCUAAGCCACCGUUGGCGGACCGUCUUAAGGGCUAUUAAAUGUAAAAUGAUGAAAAAAUAAAACCUAAAAGACAACUAUCAUCAACAAGCACAGCCUGAUAUCGUUGUCUGUCUUGCCAAUUAUUGGUAAGACAGACACUAUUAAACGAUAAUGUUGAUGAUGACGACCUGCAUGUGUAUGUAAGUUUGUGUCUGUUUACAAAGGUGGCUAAAGGUGCGUAAGCUUUCAAUUUUUUUUCUACAAACUAUUUUCAAAAAAAAAAAAAAAAAAAAAAAAACUUAAAAAUUAAAUUAAAAAAAGUAAAAUAAAACUUUAUGAAAAGGUAGACCCGACGAAGGCAGCAUAUAAUAUACACAAACACAACACACAAACCUACACCUACUACUACUCUACACCCCCCCUCUCAACAAAUAAAUAAAAAAUUGAAUUAAAAAUAAAAAAAAAUUAUUAUAAAAAAAGAAAACACCAACAGCACAUUAGUAAUUAAAUAAACAAAUUAAGGAAAAUAAGCACCAUUUUGAAAAAAAGCAGGAGAGGAUCUAUUUUUUUACAACUUUAACAAUUUUUGAUAUGGAUCUUAUAAGGAGUAAGAGAAGAUUAUUAUUGCAACAAUAGCCAAACAAUAGCAAACAAAAUAAAAAC